AUGUUAGCGAGCCCCCCGGUAUCCACGUCUACUCCUGUCCAGGGGCCGCCGGACCUCGACAACACCCAACAAACGCGCAACGACACGCGAAAUCCCAAGGGCACAAAAGAGAGACCAAGGCUAUCCACCUGCACCGUCACAGAGACCGGCUCGCCCAAGAUCCAGUCACCCCUACGAAAUUCAAUAUCUGUUGCGACCGAGGACAUUGUGCCAAGCGCGAGUCGAUCGCCCACUUGUAGGGGAAGGCUUGACUUUACAAACACCAAGGUCGGAGGCGCCAUGUCUUUCACCGGUGAUUCAAGCAGAACGACGCCUUGGAGGAGCGGGAGUCUCCAGGGGGCCGAUAUGAUGGACACGCCAUCGCCAGCAACGCCAAAACCCGCCGCAGCGAGCUCACGCUUCGCGGCAUUCACGUCGUCCAUGUUCAAGGGUAGUCCUGCACCUACGCACGCCUCGCUAGUGGCAGUCCCUGCACAGGACGAACUCAUGAAUCUUGAUAUCCAGGCGGCAUUGUAUCCCUCUGGGCAAAACGAUACCUUCUCUCCCGCCGCAUACAAAAACUUGCAGCAGAACGCGGCUGGUCUUCUUGAAAAAUUCCAGGGCGCAUAUCAGCAGCGCACGAUAGCUUACUACGAGAUGAAGGCCGAGCGUGGGGCACAGGCCGACGAGCAGGAAGAGGCGGAUACGAAAUUGCACCAUCUGAAGAUGCAACUGGAAGAUAUGGCGCGCAAAGCAAGCGAGCAGGAGGAGAUGAUGCUGUCCCUCAUGACGGAGCUUUCGCAUGAGAAGAGGCUCCGUCUAGAGCAGCAGCAGCAGGAACAGAAGCAGAGUGGGAGCCCGCCAAGCUUAUCGGGCAUGUCCGAGGAUCUCCAAGUCGAAGAGGACCAGAAACGGUACCAAUGGCGACGGAGCGGCGACAUCGACGAUACUGAUGAGGAGAGCGUCGAGGAGGCUAGUCUCUUCUCAGCCCGGUCUCGCAGUCCCACAAUCGCCACGAGCAUAAACGAAGUGAGCAUUGCCGACCUCACAUCGCAGGCCAGGACCCCCGCGGAUCAGCCUGUCCCUCUGCCCGCGGCGCUAUCGCCGCGGACAACGCCCAAGGCAACGCAAAUGAAUACCUUUCAGAAGUUCUUUGGGGGCAAAUCAGCCGAGGUUGUCAAAACGGUGAAUAGUUGUCAAAAUUGUGAGGGGCGGGACGCAAGUGUUGCCUGGGACACGGUGAACCUGUUGAAGGACGAGAACAAGGGGCUGAAAGGGCGAGUUGAGGAGUUGGAGGGGGUUGUUGAGGGGGCGCUGGAUGUUGUGAAUGGCGUUGGGCGGUAG